CACAAAUGGGCUACGAUUGGUAUGCUUAGAAAUUGGCUUUGGUUCUCUGUGGGAUCAAGGCGGUUUUCAGUUGUAAAUUUUUCUUAGAGAGCCAAAUUGAAAGAUUAAUCGCGAUUUCACGGAGGUUUUGCAUGAGUUCAUUGAAAGCACCACGGCAGUUGUAAACAUUGGCCAAGAUGACUCAUGUCCUGGAUUUGUUCAAGAGGAGUUGGAAAUCGUACAAAUACCGAUUUCUUCCAUGGUUGGCGUUUAAUUUGCCUCAGCAGGUCAAAAACCAAUCUGCAGAGUUUUUGAAAGCUGAUGAAGCUUAUAUCAAAGAACUCUUCGAAUUAUUUCAAGUUUUCACCAAGCCCAAAUUGGAACUUCUGUUCCGAGACAAUGCCAAACGAUGGAACCAUUUCUCGGAACUCAAUAAAGUUAACAACAAUGUCUUGCUCGAGCAAUUUGGAUUUAAGGUCGGGGUUCAAACGAGUAAUAUCUCCGGGAUGAAUGGCCUUGGUGUUUUUGUCACAGAGGGAUAUAUACGUCAGGGUCAGUUGGUGGCUCUGUAUCCGGGAGCCAUAUAUGAGCCUUUUCAGCCCAUUUUGUUCCAAUCCAUACGCAACCAAUACAUUCUAAGAUGUGCGGAUGGGAUCAACAUUGACGGCAAUAAUCGAGGAUUGUCUAGAAUGGUCUACAAAUCUUUGUAUGGUCGGGAGAGGUGGGGCCACACCCCAAUAUGCGACGUCAGUUGGUUGGAUAGGCGUUUUCGUCCGGUGAACCCGCUAAAUAUCGGUCAAAUCGUAAACAACGGAGACCAAACGCUCUACCCCAGUAAUGUCAUGUACCAUGAGCUCAAUAUCCAUCCUGAAGAAGUGGAUCCAAGACUCAGGAUAUUCUUACCAAAUAUACAUUACGAGUCCACCUGUGGUGUAAGAGCCAAACAAAUUCGGUUGGUCCCGCUGAUUGCCACCAAAGAAAUCAAUGUAGGAGACGAAUUGUAUUCGUCCUAUUUCUCAACGGUCUCUUCUCGCUAAUAAAGUAUAUUCUAUAAUUCCUUCCCUAA